GUGUUGAGAAACAGGAAGUACAUUUAUACGGAAGUAGAGGAAGAAAUGGACACGGAUCAGUCGAAUAAAAAUGUUUCUAAGCUGAGUGAGCUGUGACUUACUUCGAAAACAAGUUUCUCUGGGGAGAGAGAGAGAGGGAGAGGGACCACUGCCUCUAAAACGAGUCACAUCUGGGGAGAGAGAGAGGGACCACUGCCUCUAAAAUGAGUCUGUCUGGGGAGAGCGAGGAGAGAGGCACUGCCUCUAAGAGGAGGUAUUCUGAGAGAGAAGAGAGGGCCAAAGCCUCUAAAAAUAUUUUGCCUCAAGACACCAGUUCUACAAAAGACCAUGGUGGAGAGUGUUGUAUCAAGCCUGGACCUGAGGACACCAGAGACCAUGGUGGAGAGAGUUGUAUCAAGCCUGGACCUGAGAAAUGGAUUCCUCAGAGCUGUAAGACUUGUGACCAUAUUGAGGACUCCACACACUGGCUUCAGAUUGAACCCUUGACUUCCACUGUCCAGGGAGUGACAAUGUUCAGACACAGGACACCCAAAGGGAGUUAUGAGUGCACAGUGUCUGGGCUCCGCUGGCUGUGUGAGAGAGAUGUCAUUCUGAAGUAUCACCUCAGGAACUGGGAACCCUACAGUCAACUUCUGAAAGACAUGCGGUACACACAAGGUGGUCCAUUGCUGGACAUCACUAUGGAGUUAGGUGAACUGGAGGAAGUUCAUCUGCCACACUUUGUCUGUUUAGGGACCAACCCUUCCCUGAGGAAUGAGAUGAAGAUUCUUCAUGUAGAGGAACAUGGAGUGUCUUUAGAGGAAGUGCAUGAGGUCACCAGAUUCCAUGCUAAGAUUCUCCAUCCCAAGUCCUCAUCGGUCUCUGUUGUACUGAACAAAAUCGCCUGUUGGAACGUAGAUGUCCACUGUGACGUGAUCCUCUAUUUGGCAGUAAAAAGGUCAACAGUAAUUUCAAGGCUGUACCUGCUCCUCAGAAACUCCAGUCAGAAAGAGGCUGUUCAGGACCGGGAGAAAAAUCAGGUGUCCCAAGGAUAUUCUGAAUUUCUCCUGUCAAGUCCAAACGGGUCCUUAAAGCUGAACAAUUGGUUUGCACUCAAGAAUCCCCUCUCCACCUCCAUCAAUCCAGAGAAGAUUCAGCUGUUACCUGCAGACACCACACCAAGCUGUUGUAAGAUGAUAAUGGGAAACACAGGGGUGGACAUUGAGAUGGAGUUAAUCGGGGAUGAUGAGAGGACAGUAUGGAAAUCAGUGGUAUCAAAAGAUCAAUACAUCACUGACACCCAUUCAACUAGUGCUGUGUUGGGGGCAGGGCGUCCGGCUGAGAUCAGUCUGACUGGUUCUGCAGAGCAGCAGCUGCGUUCUGUACGGACGGAGUUUGUGAAACGAGUGUCAAGACCUGUCCUGGAUGGUCUUCUGGAAAGACUCCUGCAACACACAGUCAUCAACCAGGAGGAAAUGGAGUCAGUGAAGGUGAUCGCUGAGAGGGCAGAGAAGGCACGUGACAUCAUCGACAUGGUGUUGAGAAAAGGAAAUGAGUCGUGUUCCAGGAUGAUCAACCUUCUUGGGGAGCUGGACGCCUGUCUUUGUUCACAGCUUCAGAUCAAUGUUAGGGUACCAACCUAAUGGUAGAAUAGAUAGUUACAGUGUUGGGGUACCAACCUAAUGGUAGAAUAGAUAGUUACAGUGUUGGGGUACCAACCUAAUGGUAGAAUGGAUAGUAACAGUGUUGGGGUACCAACCUAAUGGUAGAAUGGCUGGUAACAGUGUUGGGGUACAAAAUACAAAAAUAACUGUACAAAUGUUAUGGAGACACAGUGUUGUGUAAAAACAUUGAAUAUAAGAAUAAUAAUUUGAAUAAUUUGGACUGGGGAGACCUGCUCCUAGAUCAACACGCCUAUUCAAUGUUUAGGAUUACCCUGAAUGCUUUCCCCCCCAAAACAGGGUUGGGACCUAGCUGAAUUUGUCCAAAAUUGUAAAAAAAUCCAACUAUUUGCAACAACUAUUUUGUUUUCAAAACAUUGUGCUACUGUGGGUGACUAAUGAAUACACCCCUGAUCUGACUGGGCUGUAAAUCUUUGUCAAAAAAAGCAGCAACCUCUUCAGAGGACACAUCUCUUAGUUUUUUCCACAGCUUUUUUUACUACACAUACAUACGUAUACAUGUAUACAUAUAUUUUUUAUUGUGCUGUGAUGUUUUACUCAAUGUUUGAAUCUUUCUAAUCGUAUAGUAUCCACAUAUUGUGAGCUGAAGAUGAAAACCUUUCCUGCGAAUAUUAUUAUAUAGUAUAUAUUAUAUAGUAUAUAUUAUAUAUUAUUAUAUAGUAUAUAUUAUUAUAUUAUAUAUUAUUAUAUUAUAUAUUUAUAUAGUAUAUAUUAUAUAUUAUAUAGUAUAUAUUAUAUAGUAUAUAUUAUAUAGUAUUAUUAUAGUAUUAUUAUAUAUUAUAUUAUAUAGUAUAUAUUAUAUAGUAUAUAUUAUAUAGUAUUAUAUAGUAUAUAUUAUAUAUUAUUAUAUAGUAUAUAUUAUAUAGUAUUAUUAUAUAGUAUUAUUAUAGUAUUAUUAUAUAUUAUAUUAUAUAGUAUAUAUUAUAUAGUAUAUAUUAUAUAGUAUUAUUAUAUAUUAUUAUAUAGUAUAUAUUAUUAUAUUAUAUAUUAUUAUAUAGUAUAUAUUAUAUAGUAUUAUUAUAUAUAUUAUUAUAUAUUAUAUAGUAUUAUUAUAUUAUUAUAUUAUUUAUUGACUGACUAUGGUUUUCCAGAUCGCCCAACACUGCUAUUUGUAAGGUUCAUUUUAAGUGCAUGUGAUUUUCUAACCAUUCCUGAACCUAUGACCAGAAACUAGCUACAUCAGGGCAAUACCAGAAUAAAUUAUCUAUUUAUUCUGUCUCUUCGCAACAAUAUCUACAGAGCUGAGAUUGUUGUAUUGUUGCCCCAUAUAUAUAGCAUUCUGUUAGCGGCAAUAAUUUAAUAUAAUCAUUUAAAUUGAGUAUUUUUUUGUACCCGUUCAUAAACCAUGUGCCAUGGAAUUGGUCAAUUUAAAAUCUCCUCCCAUUUA